AUGGCAGCGUCGUCCUCGAGACAAUGUACUCAUCAACCUGUCCAAUUCCUUACCAAGCGGUCCCCAGAUCUGCCAGAUCUUGCCGAGUGUCGACAUGGAGAAGUCACAGCGAGUCCAAGUUACGUCAAAUCCCCCUGUCGCAAUCGAGAAGAGCCCGUUCGAAGGCACCGCAGAUUCAGCACAUAUGGGCGACCGUUGAUUACCUUGGAUGCUGCCGCAGAGGCCAGACUGCGGAGGAAGAUCGAUUGCUUUGUGGUGCCGACGGUUGCUAUCGUCUACCUCUUCUGUUUCAUUGACCGAGCCAACAUUGGCAAUGCACGGCUUGCGGGAUUCGAGAAGGACCUCGGUUUGCAUGGCUACGACUAUAAUAAGGUGCUCUCCGCAUUCUACAUCGGCUAUAUCGUCUUUGAGAUGCCCUCAAGCUUCGCCUGCAAGUACUUCGGCCCAGGAUGGUGGAUUCCAAGCAUGACUGUCGGUUUCGGUGUCUUCUCCAUCGUCACUGGGUUCAGCACGACCAUCCAGAACGCGUCCGCCGUUCGAUUUCUUCUCGGCAUCUGUGAAGCCGGAAUGCUGCCUGGCAUCGCGUACUAUCUCUCAAGGUGGUAUCGACGAGACGAGCUGGUCUUUCGAUUGUCCUGCUACAUCAUGAUGUCUCCGCUGGCUGGCGCAUUCGGCGGUCUGCUCGCAUCUGCAAUCUUGACGCUCGGCCAUAUGGGCCAUUUGCGGACCUGGAGAUUGAUAUUUGUAAUCGAAGGCAUUAUCACCUGCGGGCUGGGCCUGCUAGCCUUCUUUACCCUCACCGAUCGACCCGAGACAGCAAAAUGGCUCUCGCCCGAUGAGAAGGAUCUUGCCAUUGCCCGACUGAAAUCCGAGCGGACCUCAACCACGGAAGUUCUCGAUGGUUUCACCACGAAGAAGAUACUAAAGGGUAUCCUCAGCCCCGUCACACUCAUGACGGCAGUCGUAUUCGGCCUGGGGAACAUCACAGCUCAAGGCCUAGCGUUCUUUGCACCAACAAUCGUGAAGACGAUUUACCCGCACAACAGCGUGGUCUCCCAACAGCUACACACUGUGCCACCCUACGUUGUGGGUGCAGCUUUCGUGCUCGGCCUGUCCUUUCUAAGCUGGAAAACCAGUCGUUACCUGAUAUACUAUAUCAUCGCUCUUCCGAUCACAAUGUGCGGUUAUGCAGUCUUCCUCGGGACGACAGAUGCCGAUGCUCGUUAUGGCGCAACAUUUCUCGUGGCUACUUCCGCCUUCCUGUUUGGAGCUAUCAGCAAUGCAUUGCUGUCGGCAAAUGUCAUCUCGGACACUGCUAGGUCAGCGGCCAUCGGGACGAAUGUGCUGUUUGGCAAUAUCGGAGGCCUGGUGUCCACGUGGUCAUACUUGCCUUUCGACGGUCCGAACUACCCCAUCGGCAACGGUUUGAAUCUGGCUUCGACGUCGAGCUGUUUCCUCCUAUCUGUCAUGCUUCUUCUGUGGAUGAAAUACGACAACAAGAAGCGAGCCACCAGAGAUGUUGACUCGGAACUGAAUGGACUAUCGAUCAAGGAUUUGCAAGACUUGGACUGGCAACAUCCAGCUUUCCGCUGGAAGCCUUGA